CCGCCGGAGCGGAGCAGCAGCGGGAAGGCGUCCCGGAGCCGUGCCGGCGGGGGAAGGCUCCCCGCAGCCCCGGGGGGUCCCCCCAGCAGGGCCGGGGGUGCGGGAGGGGGGGGUCCUGCCAUGGCCUUCACCAUGCUGCGCCCUGUGGCCGCCCGCGUGCUUUAUCCCGACCUCAGCAUCCUCUCGGAGGACGAGGAGAACCGGAGCGAGAGCGACACGUCGGAUCAGUCCUUCGGGUGCUGCGAGGGGGGCGAGGGUCGCCGCAAGCUGCCGCGGAAGCCCGGGCCGAUGGUGAUGGUGAAACAGCGGCAAGCGGCCAACGCCAGGGAGCGGGACCGGACCCAGAGCGUCAACACGGCCUUCACCGCCCUGCGGACCCUCAUCCCCACCGAGCCGGUGGAUCGGAAGCUCUCCAAGAUCGAGACCCUCCGCCUGGCCUCCAGCUACAUCUCCCACCUGGCCAACGUGCUGCUGCUGGGCGAGGGCUGUGAGGACGGGCAGCCCUGCUUCAGUGCCAUCUACGGUGCCAAGGGCGACCUGGACAGCAAGCAGCCCCGCAGCAUCUGCACCUUCUGCCUCAGCAACCAGCGGAAAGGGGGCGGCCGGAGGGACCUCGGGGGCAACUGCCUGAAGGUGCGAGGGGUGACCCCGCUGCGGGUGUCUCGGAGAUGAGCUGUGGUCCGGCAGCACCCACCUGAGACAGCGGCAGAGCCGGGGGAGCCCCAGAGACCGGACCGGAGCGGGGAGGGGGGCGGCGGGCUGGCACCGCACCCACACCGGC